GCCGCCUGAGUGUGCCGAUGCUUGUGGUAGGAGCUUAAUUUUUCAGUAACUAGUGCAAUGAGGGCAUACCCAGCGUGAUUGGCAGAGAAGGUACUGAUCCUGACUCCUCCACUAUUGAUUCUAUGGUAAUUUGUUUGUGUAAUUUAGGGAAUUUGAAAGAAGCUAGAUUGCAUGUUGAUAGGCUUUUAUUGAUGGAUUCCAUUCCUACUAAAACUGCGUCUAUAGCGCUUCUUGAGUAGAAUUUGAUUACUUUGUUAGAAUGAAUGGUUCUGGUGUCAAUAUGGAUUUUUGGUGUUACCAUAAAUUGUUUACUGGGUUAUGUUAUAAAGGGCACUCAAGCGACGCAAUGUAGAUGUUCGAUAAAAUGCGUGAAAGAACAGUGUUUCUAGCUAGGCUUCAUUGCUAUAAAACUUUGUUUUAUUGUCUUUGCAAGGGAGGUUAAAUUGAAGAAACAGGGUUUCUUUAUAGACAGGUGUAUGUACACUUCCUUGAUGAAUGCAUAUAGCAAGGAUAAGAAGAUGCAAAAUGGAUAUGAGAGGUUAUCUAAGAAUGCUCAAGAGGGAUGUCAAUCAGAUAGUUAUGCUUGCAACACAUUGAUCCUUGGUUUGUCAAGAUGGGUUUGUUUGAUGACUGUUGGUAGCUGUACAAUCAGAUGAUGGAGCAGGGAAUGCAGCCUAAUGUGGUGACUUAUCAUGAUUUGAUUAGUAGUUGUCGCCAGAGAGGGAUGGUUGAUCGUGCUUUUAUAUAUGCUUCUGAAUAAUAUGGAUCGAUGCUUGGACAAAGAAAUUCAGCUUCUUCUUGAGGGAUUUGUGAAAAGCAACACGAGUCUAGCGGACGUGACAUUGAUCAGUAUACAUAUCAUUGCAAUGUAUGAGGGAUGAAAACUGGAUGAUUCUUUGUGUUGCAUCGAUAAAAUGGUCAAUCUAGGAUGUAUACCUUCAGUUUUGUCUCUCUCUCCCUCCCUCAGUUCCGCCAUGACACAGUUGUUCUUUCUUUUUUUUGUAUUUCUAGUUUUGAAGGAUGUGCAGAGAAUGUCUGUAGUGUAAAUGCACACGAGAUUCUUGUACUACUGAGAGGAAGGUAUGUCCUUA